UAUAUGGUAGCAUGGAUGCGGGAGAAUCCUCAGUUGCUUUUCGUCGGCCCCAUCUCCAGUAUGAAUAGUAUCUUCAAGUUUUUUUUUCUCAUCGCUCUGCUGGGGGUCGGCCUCCCACUUGGUAACGCCCAGGAAAGGGACUGCUCGAACAGUUGUAUUUUUACUGCCAAAUGCUCGCCCUACUACAAGGAUCUGGUCUGGGCAGUUGUAAAUUGCGUCUGUCGCGUCUUUCAGAACGGCUGUAUUUUUGCACACGAGAACUGCAUGAGAGCAAACCAAUGCUUGCCACCAAUGAUUGCCACAUCCCAGGAAAAGUGUAAGGAGUACUGUCCGAAGCGUUGUACGCGUGAGGGUCCGGCUGUCUGUGGCAGGUUCCCCUACAUCGACGGCGACGGAGUCAACAGGAAAAGGUAUUUGUCCUUCGGAAAUCGUUGUAUGCUGAAUCAAUAUGCCUGCGAGAAUGCUGUGGCAUAUGUUGAUGAACCAACCAUUGGAGCCUGUCCCUAAAUAAUACAAUGGAUUCAAAUCAUUGGAAAUUCAUGUAAAAUGUCGACAAAGAAACUUCGAACUGUUCA